UCUCCAUUUCCGAUGUAGCAAACCCAUGAUUUGAGUAUAAUCAGAUUGCUAUUUCAAACGGAUUGAUGACCAUAUAAUAUAGUUCCCGCGCUGGUUUGUCCUAUAUCAUAUAACAAACAUGUGACUUGUUUGUUUACUUCCGGCUAUCUCACGAGACAGAGGAAGCUAUCAUCGUAUACUUCGAAAUACGUGUCGACGCCCUUGUCAUAGUUCUUUACCUUGUUGAUAGCUGUGCUGUGGUUUUUUUCAAACAAUCUCCUUCCUGGUACGCUGAGGUGAAAGUUCUCAGACAGCAUGAGUGUCCGUACACUCUCACUUUUGUGUAUCAUUUGCUGUCAAUGUAUAUUUGCUGUUCAGGAUGAGUCUUUGGAAAAAGUUUCUCCCUGUAGAAAUGAAACACUCAAGCCAAAAGUCAACACAGCCAACAUAAUGAUUAAAAGUGAAUCCACAACAAACUUGUCUUACUUUUCUCAAAGUUCAGAAUGUUGGAAAUGUAAGCUAAGAUUAAAAGCCCGCAUCAACCCUGGAACCACAUGUUCUUUGAGAGUGGAUUCUCGAUGGCCUGUACACUUUAAGGUUACGGAUGAGGAAGGAGAUUUAUGUCAGGAGACUACAUUCCAUUUUAAAGAGAGUGGUAUUUAUAAUUUGUUGAUUUACAACAGAACCCAUUGUUCUCAGGAACUGACAAACAAUCCCACUGACAUUUUGAUCCCAAUUUAUGUCAGCAUAGCUGUUGUAUUUGUAAUCAUCUUGCUGAGAUAUGCAUUUUAUUUCAAACGCAGUGUCACCUUCAGAAGAAUCAUUGCCCGAUUUAGUCAAGAGAAACUAAUUGAAGCAGAUCUUGGCUCUCCAGACAGCAUCAACCCCACAGAUGAUAAUGAAAGCCUACGUAGCCGUGUACUUGUACGGGAAAGGUUAAAAUCACUUGAUGCAUUUCGAGGAAUUAGCAUUGUGGACAUGAUAUUUGUCAAUUGUGGAGGCGGUGAAUAUUGGUUCUUCAAGCAUUCAACUUGGAAUGGAAUAACUUUUGCGGAUCUAGUUUUUCCUUGGUUUGUCUUCAUCAUGGGAACCUCUAUGGCUUAUAGUUUUCGAAGCAUGAUGCGGAAAGAGAUUAAAAAACACACAAUCAUAGGAAAGAUAAUUUGGAGAACACUUGUGUUGUUUUUCCUUGGAAUCAUAAUCAACACUAUAAACAUACACAAUAUUGAAUUAAAAGAUAUCCGUAUUCCUGGAGUACUUCAACGUAUUGCUGUAACUUACUUUGUUGUAUCUAUAGCACACAUGUUUUCUGCCCGACCAGCUGACAGCCAUCAAUUUGUUUGGUGGAGUCCAAUCCAAGAUAUUGUUAAUUAUUGGCUUGACUGGGUUGUUGCGUUAAGUCUACUGAUUAUCUAUCUUUGUGUGACAUUCUGUUUACCAGUGCCAGGCUGUCCAACUGGUUACCUAGGUCCUGGUGGAUUGAGUGAUUAUGGUAAACACAAGAAUUGUACAGGUGGUGCAGCUGGCUAUAUUGAUAGACAAGUGUUUGGAAAAUCACACAUGUAUCCAAGAGGAACAUAUAGGGAGAUCUAUCAUACUCAUCAAUCGUUUGAUCCAGAAGGACUUCUUGGCACCCUUACAUCAUGUGUUAUUUGUUUCCUUGGAUUACAGGCAGGAAAAAUAUUUCUUAUGUUUCGGAUGCAUUCAGAAAGAGUGAAACGAUUUUGUAUCUGGGGUGUUGUUAUAGGUGCUAUUGCGUUGGGCUUGUCAGAAGCUUCAAAAGAUGAAGGAAUUAUUCCACUCAACAAAAAUCUUUGGUCUGUCUCAUUCAUUUUUGCAGCAGCUUCAUUAGCUUUCUUCGUGCUUGCUCUCUGUUAUCUUGCAAUUGAUGUAGGGAACAUUUGGUCUGGAAUACCAUUUACCUGGGCAGGGAUGAAUGCUAUAGCAUUGUAUAUGGGCCACGAAAUCUUUGUUUGCAAAUUCCCAAUAUACUGGAAAAUAGAAAGCAAUCACGUAUCUCAUUACCUAAUGAAUUUAUGGGGUGCAACAUUUUGGUUUUUAAUUGCUGCUUUUAUGCAUUACAAAGAACUAUAUAUCUCAAUCUAAUCAUGUUGGAACAAUUCCUAGGCAUCUGAUUCAAACUAUAUGAAGUGAACUGAUUUAAUUUUUGUUUUUGUCUAUUAUUUUCUUUAUUCUAUAAAGUAUGCCAUCUUCAUCUAAAAACUUCUAUAUAAUAUGUGCAUAUUUUGUGUACUAUGCAAAUAAUUAAAAGAAUAAUUAUUUUAGAGUAUCUUUUGUAGAAUAUGAAAAAAAAAAAUCCAUUUUCAAGUCCUUUUCUAUUUAAAAAAAAUUCUAAAAAUGAACAAAUUCAGAAAAAUUCAACUUACAAAAGAUAUUUUUUCAUCAAAUAAUUUUUUAAACAUCAUAAAACUAUAUUUGUUAGGCUUUCUUCCCUAUACAAAUAUUGAAUGUUUUAUAAUCCUUCUAUCAUUGCAUAAAAUUAUAAUCUAAAUGCCAUAUUGUAUAUAAGAGCAUCAGUAAUUUUAAAUUUUAAAUAUAUUACUAAAAAGUUUCUUCCAAGUGAGAUCAGAUUAAGUCCAAAGUUCACUAGAUUUAGAUUUAUAACAUUGUGAUGUGAUGAUUUUUAUUUAAACCAGAAGAAAGAUUGUCAAGUUUCUGAUUAAAGAAGCUUUGUGGUGAAUGUCACAAUAUAGUAACCAUCAGACUUAUUACUUGAUUAUUCUUCUGGUGCAAUGUUUAAAAUCAAGUUAAUUUUCUCAGAUGAACAUAUAGCUGUUUUAUGAUUAAGGUAUUUUUUAAACAAUACACUAGGACUAUUUUAAUGAGUUUUAGGUUCAAAUCCUGCCCUGGUUGACUUUGCCUUUCAUCAAUCCAGGAGUGAAAAAAACAGAAAAUCAAAGUGCCAAACAUGAAACAAAAUUAAUAGAAUUCACUAUACUCUUAAAUGUGCUGCCCUAGCAUUACUUUAGUCUAAUGGCUGAAACCUGUAAAAAAAAUAGGAACAUUUCAGUUUUUCAAUUAUCAGUAAUAUUUACUGUUCUAACUAUAAACAUGAACCCAAACUCUAACCUAGAAUCAGCUGUCACUUUAUAUAUUUGAUUGAUUGGUCUCUCUUAGAGAAAUUAAAGUAAUAUUUUUAAUACACCUAACAUAGUACUGCAUGUAUCCAUCCUCAUUCCAGUUUCAUCUUGGGAGGGUUUGAGUCGAACACUUGAAAGUUUAAAACAACAUUCAAUUAUAGUAUAAGCUCCUUGCUGUUGUAGCAAGGAGCUUUAAUGCAAAUGAUUUUUUAUUUACUCUUAGGUGCACUAUUUUAGAUUUAAAGAUACAAACCAAUGAAUCUUUGGCCAAUGACUUGUUACUUUUUUUUGGGGUUUUGUUUUUUCAAAACAAUAAUUCUGAUAGUUUGAUAACAUACAUAUUUCACUUAAACUUAAGUUUGACGUUUAAACUUAGUCACAACAGUUCAUUUGUGUUAAAAAAUAUAUCUGAAAAUUAGAUUAGUCCUUAUUCAAAACAGGACAACUGGUCUAUCAUUGAUUGCAUCUUAAAUUCUUUACCUGUGAUAUAUAAACUGAAGUAUUUAUUUUUUAUGCCUCCUCUUGAAUAUAAGAUUAAAUACUCAUGCUCUUCUCUCGAUUUGAUUUAUUAUUAGGGCAAAUUCUUUGUAAACAUUAAUCAAUUAUUAAGUGCUUUGGAGAUGUAACUGGUUUAUAUCACACAAAUACUCAGUUAUUAUUAUUAUUAUUAUUAUUAUUAAUGGGACUAAAAGUUUUAAACUUUAUUUAAGCAUCAGUUGCUUAUGACAUCCUUAUAUCAUUUUCAUGUUUACCCAGCUGUGCAUGGAACUGUUACAAUUUUUGCAUAUUAAAAUAUGAUCAAUUUUUA